CCCUCCCUGCCCACGCCCCCCGACGCCGCCACGCCACCUCCGAGCUAGCGGCAAAGUUGGAUCUGGGCGGGCGGUCGCUGCUGCGGCAGAGGAUGCCUAGUUCCCGGCAGAGCGGGUGGGGUGGGGGGAGGCGGGGCGGGGCGGGCGGAACGCGCGAUCGGAAGGGAGGGGACUGGGAGGGGUGGGGACCCAGAAAGACCAGACGGGGAAAGGGAGGACAGGAGGGGGGGUGGUGAGGGGCGCCGGGAGCCCGCGCUCCGGAAGUGAAGCGGCCACUCCACCCGUUUAAUGGACGCGCGGCGGCCGCCCAGCGGAGCGCUCUCCGCGCCGGGCGGGACAGCUCGACUUGGCUGAGGUUAACACACACACACACACUAUCGUCUAGAGGUGGUGAACUCCUCCUGAGCGGGAAGCUGAAUGCGUGGCUCCUUGAUUCUGGAGGAACGUUCUGGAACACAUAAACAGGAGUCCUCAUCGUCUUUCUAUGCGACUCCGCAGAGUUUUGGAUGCUAGAGUGGAAGCCUCCUCCUCACUGACGAGAGAGAGGUGAAGCGACAGAAACCAGGAGAUGGUGGGGAAAGCAGUUGUUCCCAGGGUCUCACGGUGAUUAAGGGUCAGUGCCACCCAGCGACCGACUGCCCUCAGAAACAGCAGCAAGCACUCCGCAGAGCCGCAAGGCUGGUAACUGCAGCCCGCCCCACCCAUCCUGCCCUACCCCAUCAGCCUUGCUGCGGGUCUGAAGACAGACCGGAAGUUGCCUGGCUCUUGCUACUGGGUAAAGGGACAAGGCAUUUGGUCCACAAGGUUUUGAGCUGCUUGGGGAGCGAGCCGGGCUGGGACUACGUGCAAAAAGCAAAUCCUGGGAAGAUGGCGGUGGCACUGCUGGAAGAGUGGUGCAAGAUCGUGAGUGUGGAUGACCGGAAGUCCUUGAUGGUGAUUGGCAUACCAGCGGACUGUGGCGAGCCUGAGAUCCAGGCAGUCCUCCAGGAGGCGCUCAAGUGUGUGGGCCGCUACCGGCUACUAGGCAAGAUCUUCCAGAAGCAAGACAACACCAGUGCUGUCUUACUAGAACUCCUGGAGGGCACGGAUAUGUCUGUGGUCCCCAGUGAGGUGCGGGCGAAAGGGGGGGUCUGGAAAGUGAUCUUUAAGACCCCCAAUCAGGACACCGAGUUUCUCCAAAGACUGAACCUCUUUCUAGAAAAAGAAGGACAGACAGUCGCAGGGAUGUUCCGAGUCCUUAAGCGUGAGGGCGUGUCUCCAGCUGCCGCGCCCUCCACGUCCCCUGAGCUACUGGCCCACUUGGUGGGGCAGGCAAUGGUUCAUGCCCCAAGGCCUCUGCUGCCUGUGAGGUACUCCAAGCUGAGAGUAUUCUCUGGGAGUACAGCAGCUACCCCAGACGAGGAGCCCUUUGAGGUCUGGUUGGAACAGGCCACUGAGAUAGCCAAGGAGUGGCCCAUUCCCGAGGCAGAGAAGAAAAAGUGGGUGAUGGAGAGCCUCCGUGGCCCUGCCCUGGAUCUCAUGCACAUUGUGCAGGCAGACAACCCUUCCAUCAGCGUGGAGGAGUGUCUGGAGGCCUUCAAGCAGGUGUUUGGGAGCCUGGAGAGCCGUAGGACCUCCCAGGUAAGGUACCUAAAGACCUAUCAGCAGGAAGGGGAGAAGAUCUCAGCCUAUGUGCUUCGUCUGGAAACUCUGCUCCGGAGAGCUGUGGACAAACGGGCCAUCCCCCAGAACAUCGCUGACCAGGUCCGCCUGGAGCAGGUCAUGGCUGGGGCCAACCUUACCAAUGUCCUGUGGUGCCGGCUCCGGGAGCUGAAGGAUCAGGGCUCGCUCCCCACCUUUCUGGAGCUGAUGAAGGUGAUACGUGAGGAAGAGGAAGAAGAGGCCUACUUUGAACAUGAGAGCAGGGAGGAGCCAGGGGAAAGGCAGGGCUAUGGCCGCUAAGAAAAUGUAGGGAACAUCAGAGGGACACCUCCACUCCUUACGUGCCCUGGUGGGCAUCCUUGACCCAUUGGACAAUGCUUGACCAGGCUAAGCCCAUUACAGUGGACUCUUCUUUAAUACGCAGGACUGAAGUCAAGCAUUUGAUGGGGUCUCAACUUAUAUCCCAGGAUGGCCUUGAGCUUGAACUCUUCCUGAUUCAGUCUCCCAGUUUCAGAGUCCUGGGAUUAAAGGAAUGUGCCACCAGCAGAGCUCCAUCUUGAUAUUUGUUUCUGUUUUUUUGUUUUGUUUUGUUUUUUGAGACAGGGUUUCUCUGUCCUGGCUGUCCUGGACUCGCUCCAUAGAGCAGGCUGGCCUUGAAUUCACAGAGAUCCUUUCCUUCCCAAGCUCUGGGAUUAAAGGUAUAUGCCACCAUGCCUGGCUUGAUUUUUCUUUCUGAGAAAGAAAGAAAGAAAGAAAGAAAGAAAGAAAGAAAGAAAGAAAGAAAGAAAGAAAGAAAGAAGCCUGAAGUUUGGUGGACUCUAGGUAUAUUGUUAACAAAUACAAGACUAAGCUCCUAAAACUCCUUACUUUAGUUUCCUUUAAGCACACCAGGGUCAGCCAGGCAGCUCGGUUAGUCAGCUUGCCAGCCCCUUCAGAGAGGGUAGUAAUGUGAACAGGAGAUUGGAAAUGGCUAGGCAGGUGCUGGAGUGACGCUCAGCCGUUAAAUGCACUUGCUAUUCUUGCAGAGGAGCUCAGAUCCCAGCACCCACAUGGUAGUUCACAGCCAUCUAUAACUCCAGUUUCAGGGGAUCCAAAGACUUCUUCUGGCCUCUUUGAACAGUGCACACAUGUUUGUGGUGCACACAUGCAGACCACACACAUAAAAUUAAAAAUAAAUAAAUAAACAUUUAGAAAGAAAAUGGUUAGGCAGUCUAGGGGCAUUGCAAGAGUGUCCCUAGUUCUCUUGGUUACCCUUGAGGGUGGGACUGGAACGUCAGCCGGACACUAAUCCCUUUGUGGAUAGCCUUAGAAUUAGAUCUAUAGAUUUUCAUGGUGAAAUGGCUUGUCUUCUGUCCCCCAAUUUUAGCCCAUCCCCAUAAUGAUUUUUAGAGUUACCUCAUCAGAGAAGGGACUUGAUAGUAGCCUUGAUCAGGGCUUUUCUGAGGCUCUUUAGGAGGAAACAGAAGAAUGAAAUCUACCUCUUGCCUAGGUGGAUACCUAACAUUCCAAGCUAACCAAAACACAAGCGUUAAUCCAGUUGGGCAGGUCCAUCGCUUGGCUAAUGUACUGCCCAUCAGGAAGGCAGACUCACCUAACUCCAUGCUAAGGAAAUGGGAGGAAUAAUUAUCCCCUUAACGAGAUCACGUACUUUUCCAUCUCAGAAUCCCUGUUAUCUAUAUAGUCACUACAGAGUCACCAUAAGUUGUAAUUUUCGCUUUUUCUUUUGGCUGCUAGCCCAAGCCUGAGUACACAUUCUCUAGUACUUUGGGCUUUUUCACUCUUUCCCUGGGGCUCCUUGCUAAAGCUCUACCUAACAACAACAACAACAAAAUUGUCUUUUUUUUUUUUUCUUCCUCUUCUCUCUCUCCCUCUUCCAGGUAGAUUUGAUUUCUGGAACCCACAUGGUUGAAAGAGAGAACCAGCUCCUGCAAGAUGUCAUCACACACACACACACACACACACACACACACACAAAUAAAUAUAUUCUUUUUUAAAACCACACAAAGCAGUCCAACAUCUACUCACACCAUAAAAGAGUGAACUGACCUCAUUAGAAAACAAAACAAAACAUGUGAAACGCAUAUAUCCCACUUAAUGCAUUCAGCAAUCUACUCUUUGUAGGCUUGCAUGCAUGUGUGGGGGCGGUGCUUACCAUUUGCUUCACAAAGAGAACGAACAAGGUUGACUGAGUUAAAUGGUCUCAAUGCCAAAAGGCCCCCAGACAGAAGCCCAGAACAAGACUUUAGGGACCCACCCUCCACUCUACAUACGUCAUUCAAAUGUGUUUUCUUAGUUCUCUAGAGACCUGAUUUUUAAGCAUUUUAAACUUCUUAAACACGCACAGGUAGUCUCAAGUGUUCUGGUGACCAAGUCUCAGCCUAGCAGUGCUCAGCUCCUGUUUCCAGACUGACCCAUUUGCUAUGGAACAAAACUCCUCGCUGGCAUUGGUGUACAUAUUCCAAACACCCUGUAAUUGUGUGUAGACUUGAAAAGCAGUAGUGUCUUGUGAGUGUGUGUGCCAGGUCAAGUGCACUAGGACUUCAGAAACAAGCAGCACUUGGUAACAUGCCAGGCAAAGCUCAGGCACAGUUAAUGUACAGCCUUGUGGUAGAUCCCUGUGUACCCUAAGUGAGUGGCUUAGUUUCUCUGAACGUCAGCUUCUUCAUAAAAAAAGGGGGUGCUGCCAUUAUGGUCAGAUGACACAGUACCUCUUUAGCGAUUCAAGUGACGUUUGGAGCUUUGAAACCUCUCAAAGUCCCUGGUGUUUUUGUGCUAGUUGUUGUCAGUUCGAUGCAUGCUCUCCUGACUGUUCUAGUUGUGUGGAAACAGGUAAAGAUGUAACAGAGUUCCAUUGUAGUCAUGAUGCUCCUGAAGUCAGGAAGCGUUUAGCUCUUUGUGGAAAUCACUGUACACUAGCUGUCUUCCGAGUCUGUGAAAAGUAUUCCAGAAGGUGUUGGUGACUGUUACUAGACUUUGGAAUGGUAACCUAUCCUUCCAGGUCGUGGGUUAGUUUAACUGAAGACUAAGAAGUUGUAAAAAAAAAAAAAAAAAAAAAAAAAAAGGAUUUUUUUAAAGGUCUUCAUCUGUGAUGAUUUCUCUUUCUGAAAUAUAUUUCGUAACACCAUCCAACCACAGUGAUGUGAUUAUCAUUGUUGUAUCCUGACUUCAUGUGGCUUUGUGUUCCUGGGAACGGCCUCACCAUUGUCACUUAACAACAGGCUAAAAGUUGAAUGUUAUCACUGUGAAGUUAUGAAAUAAAUCUGAGUUAAUGAAA